AGCAUGCCCAUCGUCCAUCUGGCAUCUGCCGCCUUAUGAUUUCAACUCUGCUCCCUCCUCCCCCCUCCCCCCUUCUGAUUCCAAGGAAGAGCACUCCAAUUGGAACUUAAAGGCGGAUAAAUUCAAUGGGCGUUGGACAUUUUGGUAAAAUCAUUCAUUCAUAGUUCAUUCCAAUAAACUUCUUUCUUCUUCUUCCUAGAUUCAUAGAGGAUAGGGCUAUUUCAAAUUUUGUACCGAUGGUUAUAGUUUUGUUUCCCAUUUCCAUUCUUACCACGUACCGUAUAUAGAAGAACCGGUCUUCUCUCUCCCUCACAGAAAGGCUACGGCCAUGGAUUUCUCCCUGUUAGCGGACUUCUUUUGUCACGUGUUUCUAUCCAACAAAACUCAUUUUAAAUAACCAAACAAACAUUUUAUUCACUUUUUCUUUUCUCACUUUUGCCUCUCAAACGCGUUUGGUUGUUGGAUCGUCGUCGUCUCCUUCCCUGGGACUCUAGGAACUUUCGCGUGUGAGAAAGAAGUCACUCCUAAAGCUAAAAGGCGAGUGGAGGAGAGAGAGAGAGAGAGAAAUUCAAAAACCAGGAGACGGGACAUACCGUUUUUCUUCAAUUUCACACGCGAGAAAAAGUUUUCUACGGUUCUCCCAGGAAAGGACGCUACAAGCCUACAACAAAGAUCCUCAAUCCUUUGUUUUUUUUUUCUUUUUUUUUCUUUUUUUGGUCAAAAACUACGGAAAUAGGAACUGGCUUACCCUCUUUUUUAACUCCUUUAAUUAUCGAUCCGUGCUUUGAAAACCCUAAUCUGGUCUUCUGAUGAGCUAGGGCUAGGUUUGGUCUGGGUUACAACGUUCUGGGUUUAUUUUAAAGGAGCAGUAAAAAGAGAAAGUGCCCAGGCCAAAAGUGGUUUUUGUCGGAAUCCUCAGUUAUUUUUUGGGUAGAGGUCGGAAUCCUCAGUUUCUUCUUGCGAUUUCUUUCCUUUAAUUUAAUUGGUCGGUGUAUUUGAUAGAUCGUUAGAUCUCUUUCUUAAUUGUCUCAAAUUUAUAGGGGUAGAUUACGGUAAACUUUCCGUUUUAUUACCUUCUUUCUUUUCAAUUUGGAAUAGUUACUGGUUAUACGGUGCGAAUGCGAUCUUAAGUUCUUUAUUUUAUUUAUUUUAAUUUCUUCUCAAAUCCGAAAAAAAAGAAAAGGUAUUUCGAAGACGUGUUGAGCUGUUCUCUCAAUCUCUCUCCCUCGUGUUGCUGCUCUCUCGGCUCUCGCUCUUCCCGUUACGGUAACCUGCAAGCUGGAAUUGAAUAAGAGAGGUUUUGGACUCAUUCGCCAAAUCUUCUCUUUCUCUCUCUAGAAGGGUCUCUUCUUAUAAGUUCUACCUGAAUGUCGCCAUGAAUUGGAGACGCUUUUAGUUUCAGUUCCUCUACCACGCUAAUUGAGUCUGAGUCUCUCUUCUCUGUCUUUCUCCUUCUGCUCGUCCAUUUCUUCUUUUUUUGUCUCCUUCUGCCUUUUUUCUUUCCUUCUCAAGAUUAUGGGAACAACUUGGUAGCUUCUUAUGACUGCUUUGGUAUUUUUGCAAGUAUAUCGUUGAAAGAAGAGGUGGAUCUCAGCGUAAAGUCGAUAUUUUUAAGUGAAUAUCUCCAAAAUCAGAGAAAAAUGGCACCGUCGUUCGACUGGUGGUCCAAGCAGAGCCACCAAGGAACGCCGGUGGUUGUCAAGAUGCAACACCCUAAUUGGUCCAUGGUUGAAUUAGAAAGUCCUUCGGAAGACGACUUUCUCCUCGCCGGUGCGACUAGAAGUGGCGACAAGGGUAGAGGGAAGAACGCCAAACAGCUAACUUGGGUUCUUCUCCUCAAAGCUCACAGAGCUGCCGGAUGUCUGACCUCGAUUGCUUCGGCAAUGUUCGGGCUCGCUUCCGCCAUAAGGCGUCGGGUGGCCUCUGGGAGAACGGAUUCCGACAGCGGCAAUGACAAUGAAAACGAGAACCCGACAGUGAAGAACCGGUUCUAUUCCUGUAUUAAGGUGUUUUUGUGGUUGUCCAUGGUGUUGUUAGGGUUUGAGAUUGCCGCGUACUUCAAAGGGUGGCAUUUGGGGGCUCCUGACCUGCAAUUGCAGUAUCUGUUGUCAACGACAUUUACGUUUUUUGGGUUUUUCGAUUCUUUGUAUUCCCGAUGGGUUCUGAUCAGGGUGGAUUACCUCGCUCCUCCGCUCCAGUUUAUCGCGAAUGUCUGUAUUGUACUCUUCUUCAUACAGAGUAUCGAUCGAUUAAUUCUUUGCUUGGGUUGCUUCUGGAUCCGGUUAAAGAAAAUCAAACCCGUUCCCAAACGGUCGGUCGGAGAUCUUGAAUCCAACGCUGGCAAUGCAGAAGGCUACUACCCCAUGGUUCUUGUUCAGAUACCCAUGUGCAAUGAGAAGGAGGUCUAUCAACAAUCUAUUUCUGCCGUCUGCAAUUUAGAUUGGCCGAAGUCCAACUUACUGAUCCAAGUCUUGGACGAUUCCGAUGAUCCGACAACCCAAUUGCUGAUAAAGGAGGAGGUGCAUAAAUGGCAGCAAGAGGGUGCUCACGUUGUCUACAGACAUCGAGUAGUCAGAGAAGGAUAUAAAGCUGGAAAUCUCAAGUCGGCAAUGAAUUGCAGCUAUGUCAAGGACUAUGAGUUCGUCGCCAUCUUCGAUGCCGAUUUCCAGCCAACUCCAGAUUUUCUUAAGAGGACGAUUCCACAUUUCAAGGAUAAUGAGGAACUGGCACUGGUUCAAGCAAGGUGGGCCUUCGUAAACAAGGACGAGAAUCUUCUCACAAGAUUGCAGAAUGUAAACCUUUCCUUUCAUUUUGAGGUGGAGCAGCAAGUUAACGGGAUCUUCCUCAAUUUCUUUGGGUUCAAUGGGACGGCAGGGGUUUGGAGGAUAAAGGCAUUGGAGGAGUCCGGUGGAUGGAUGGAAAGGACCACUGUCGAGGACAUGGACAUUGCUGUCCGAGCUCAUCUCAAUGGCUGGAAAUUCAUCUUCCUUAAUGACGUUGAGUGUCAAUGCGAGCUGCCGGAAUCAUAUGAAGCUUACCGUAAGCAACAGCACCGGUGGCAUUCUGGUCCUAUGCAGUUGUUUCGCCUCUGUUUUCCGGAUAUUAUCCGAGCUAAGGUUAGCGUUUGGAAGAAAGUCAACUUGAUCUUCCUCUUCUUUCUCCUCAGGAAACUGGUCCUACCUUUCUAUUCCUUCACUCUCUUUUGUGUUAUUCUCCCAAUGACGAUGUUUGUUCCAGAGGCUGAACUUCCUGCCUGGGUGGUCUGCUACAUCCCAGCAACUAUGUCUUUUCUGAACAUCCUCCCGGCCCCGAGAUCCUUCCCUUUUAUUGUACCAUACCUCCUCUUCGAGAAUACAAUGUCUGUGACCAAAUUCAAUGCUAUGAUAUCCGGUCUAUUCCAGCUUGGGAGUGCUUAUGAGUGGGUAGUCACCAAGAAGUUGGGCCGCUCAUCAGAAGGUGAUCUCCUCUCCUUGGCUGAGAAGGAAUCGAAGCAACAGAGGGGUGUUUCUGUGCCCAAUCUUGAUGCAAUUGAGGAUGAAUCCAAACAGCAUGCUAAGAAGAAAAAGAUGCACAACAGGAUAUAUAAAAAAGAGCUGGCACUUGCUUUCCUUCUCUUGACUGCCUCUGCUAGAAGUCUUCUAUCUGCCCAGGGAAUACACUUCUACUUCCUGCUCUUCCAAGGAGUGUCAUUCUUGUUGGUGGGUCUUGACCUGAUCGGUGAACAGGUUGACUGAAUUAUAUGUCAAGGACAGAUGCAUUGUUUGGAAUUUACAGGGGAAAAUUUUGUUUCUAUCAUAUUUGAUAUACAGAGACAACAAGAGGUUGGGGUGCCCAAGUCAAGUUGCCACUGAAAGAGGAGAGGAGCUACGAAUCGGGAGGGUGGGUUUCCUUUAUUCCCUUCUUGUUGGCAUCCGUCCACCAAAGCCCCUGUGGAAUUCCGCCCUCUUUGAGUGAGCGAGAGAGAUAAAAAGUAGGGAUUAUUCCUUUGGUGACUUUUGUCUCUUCUCUGUCCACAGAGAGAUGUUGUAGAUAGUGUUGCUGCCAUUUGAUCUGUAAGUUGUGGUCAAUUCUUUUGCUUUUUCUCAUUUUGGUUGCAAAUUCUUUUGUAAGAAAAAUUUGUUAUUUAUAAACAGGAAGCCCAAUCACAUAUGGGAGCUACUCUAGUUCCUUAUUCCUAAGAAUGACUUCAUUUUAAAUCCUAUCAUUUCUAGUUUUUUCCACUUUUGACAUGUUAUGGGAGCUACUCUAGUUCCCCAGCUCUGGUAUGUACUUGUAUUGCAAUUGAAACUUGAAAGGAUGCUACAUUACCUUGAGUUAA